UCUUUCAUUAGGAAUUCUAAGGUCCUACUCUUACACGGUUCAUAGUGUAGUAAGCAUGAGUAUUGUAUAAUAGAGUUCACAUUUUUGGUGGACUUUUUUAACUUGUUGCUUAAUCCCAUCGUCUUUGAGGGGGUUGCCAACCACUUUCCAGUUUUCUUGCUUUUUCCAUAUUUAUUCUAUGUCGAAGCAUCAUGCUUGUUUCUCAUGAAAAUUUUCCUUUGUUUUCUCAGCCUAAGCGGGAAAACCCCGCAAUUUUCCCCCAAGAAGAUCGCUUUUGUAUGAUUUAUUUUAUUUAACAAGGCUUGUACCUCUGCCUCUUCUCUGUUGCAAUCCUUGCAAUCUCCAACUAUGAGUCCUUAUCAAAAUUUGCUUCUUCUCACAGCAGUUUCUCUGUUUCUCAGUGUUGCUUCAGCUUGCUCUGAUGGACAGUGCAGGUUGCUUGAUGAAUGUUCUUCGGAUGGAGAUUGCGAGGCUGGACUCUAUUGUUUCGCUUGCUCCCAAGGAUUUUCAGGUUCCAGAUGCGUAAGAUCAACCAUUACAGACCAAUUCAAGCUUCUGAAUAACUCUCUUCCUUUCAACAAAUACGCAUUCUUGACAACCCACAAUGCUUAUGCCAUCGACGGAUAUCCUUUGCAUACCCCAGUUCCUCGAGUUACUUUCACCAAUCAGGAAGACAGCAUUACUAAUCAGCUCAAUAAUGGGGCCAGGGGAUUGAUGCUUGAUACAUAUGAUUUUGAUGGAGAUGUGUGGAUGUGCCAUUCAUUCGGAGGAAACUGUCAUGAUUAUACUGCAUUUGGACCAGCCAUAGACUAUUUGAAGGAAAUUGAAGCUUUCUUAUCAGCAAAUCCGGAGGAAAUUGUUACAUUGAUCUUGGAAGACUAUGUUGGUCCAAAUGGAUUGACAAAGGUCUUUACUGAUGCUGGCUUGAUGAAAUAUUGGUUCCCUGUAUCAAGCAUGCCUAAAAAUGGUGAAGAUUGGCCUCUUGUUAGUGACAUGGUUGCUAAUAACCAAAGACUGCUUGUUUUCACUUCAAUUCAGUCCAAGGAAGCAAGUGAAGGAAUUGCUUACCAGUGGAAUUACAUGGUCGAAAAUCAAUAUGGGAACGGUGGAAUGCAAGCAGGAAGUUGCCCAAACAGGGGAGAGUCAUCAGCUCUGGAUGAUACGAGCAAAUCUUUAGUAUUGGUAAAUUACUUUCACUCAAUACCAAGCGACUCAGCGACAUGUAAGGACAACUCAGGGGAUUUGAUUAACAUGCUUCACACUUGCUAUGGUGCUGCUGGCAACCGUUGGGCUAACUUUGUUGCAGUUGAUUAUUACAAGAGGAGUGAAGGUGGAGGAUCAUUUCAAGCUGUGGACACUUUGAAUGGGAAGCUGUUAUGUGGGUGCGACGAUAUUCAUGCAUGUGUGCCUGGAUCAACUUCAGGGGCCUGCACACCAUAAUAUUAAUUCCAGCUAGAGGAAAUUCGGAGGUGAGGGCUUCAUCAAGUUUAUUGUGAAGAAGGUGUUUUUAGCAAUAAGAUUUACUUUUAUUCACACAACUUUUGACAGUAAUUGUAUACAUAUACACAUGCAUGAUACUAUAACAUCUAUACUGAGUUCAAGUAUUUAAUAAAACCUCUUGGCAUCCUUAUCUA